AUGGGCGGCCUUCUAGACAAGCUCAAGAGCAACCAUGCCGUUGACACUGCUGCAACCCAGGCGAAAAAGGACGCUUUCCCCCCAGCCUUGACGCCGCUGCAACGAAUGCUGCUCGACGCCGGCCCUCUGCGGAAUGAUGGGAGCGACAAGUUCUUUGGGAUGGAAAAUGUAAGGCUCUCAUCAUACUCUCCAGAGGCCAGCGGUGCUAAUGGAACACAGGUGCAAUAUGGGAACACAUGUUACUGUAAUUCCAUACUGCAAUGUCUCUACUACUCCGUUCCGUUCCGAGAUGCUGUGAUCAACUACCCGAAACGCUCUCCGCCUGCCAUAUUAAACGAUGCUCUGUCAAAAAACCUACACUACCCUGACCCAAAUGUCCCUCUUGAGGAGCUUCUCAAAUCAAAAACCCAGCCUCCCACUCCCGGGAAGCCCGCGCCUCCAGUAAACCAACUAAAUAGACCCGAAGAUAAUAAAGAUUCUGUCGAAUAUAAGAAGAAAGUCGCAUUACACACCCUACCUGUGCUAGAAACGGCGGAUAACUCUAUGAGUUACGGCAUGAAAGAAUCGCUAUUCACUUCGUUGAAAGACAUUUUUGAAGCCAUUGUCGCCAGCCCCGAGCGGAUGGGCGUGAUCCGCCCCUACCAUUUUUUGGAAGUCCUCCGCCGAGAACACGAGAUGUUUAGAACAACGAUGCACCAGGACGCCCACGAGUUUCUCAAUCUUCUGCUCAAUGAAGUCGUCUCCAAUGUUGAGGCUGAUGCGAGCUUACUAUCGGAUGCUGAUCAGCAAUCCGAUGGCAGUGAGGACACUUCAGAGCUAGCUGGAACUGAGAGCUCAGUGUCAACGACGCUUUCAAGUGGUGCCGCAUCACCGCAUAACACUCGCUGGGUCCACGAACUAUUUGAAGGAACGCUAACUUCGGAAACGCAGUGCCUUACAUGCGAAACGAUUUCUCAGAGAGAUGAAGUGUUUCUGGAUUUAUCGGUUGACCUUGAAAGGCAUACAUCGGUGACGUCUUGUUUGCGCAAAUUCUCGCAAGAAGAAGUGCUCUGUGAACGGAAUAAAUUCCACUGCGACAACUGUGGAGGACUACAAGAGGCGGAGAAAAGAAUGAAACUCAAGCGAUUACCGAGAGUGCUGGCUCUGCACCUUAAGAGGUUCAAGUACUCUGAAGACCUAGACCGGCUGCAGAAGCUAUUCCAUAGAGUGGUUUACCCGUACCACCUGCGUUUGUUCAACACCACCGAUGACGCUGACGAUUCGGAUCGCCUGUAUGAGCUCUACGCUGUGGUUGUCCACAUCGGCGGUGGGCCAUAUCAUGGCCAUUACGUGGCCAUCAUCAAAACUGAGGACAAAGGCUGGCUGUUGUUUGACGAUGAGAUGGUGGAGCCCGUUGAUAAGAACUACGUUCGCGGUUUCUUCGGAGACCGCCCGGGCCUAGCCUCGGCUUACGUGCUGUUUUAUCAAGAAACCACUUUCGAAGCGAUGCAGGAAGAACUGGCCCAAGAGACUCCAAUCCCCGCCAUGGAUGAUGCCGAGUUGGUGGAGCCCACUUCGCCAACGCUGCACAAGCCGGAUGGAUGCCUAGCUCCCCCUCAGUUGAAUCGUGCCCUCACUGCCACCGAUACCAGCAGUACCACCGUCCACACGGUAAACGGGAACACCCCACUUUCGCCUGUGGCGCCUGCGUCAAGUGCGCCGCCGCAGUUGGCCCGAAAGUCCGACGAAGCCAGCCCCAAGACGUUCUCGAAUCUCCUCCCGCAUCCAAAAUCGCCCCUUAGCACCUUAAUUCCCAAGAUUGGCGACCUGCAUAUUAAAAAGGAGCGGACGAAAGAGGAAAAGGAGAGGAAGGCCACCGAAAAGGAGAAAGAGAAGCAGAUCAAGCUGAAACAAAAGGAGUCGGAAGCCAUUCUGAAACAGACCAGGAAACGAGAAGAGGCUCAGCUCAAAGCCGCAAUCGAGGAGAGUAAACUCACCAAGGCCAGUGAGGAUCGGCGCGCCGUUGACACCAACAAGGCCGAAAAGGAGAAUGGCCUACCAAAGACCAGUGCGCGCGCUCGGUUCAAGCUAGUUAGCAGAAGCGUCAGCCACUCGAAACUAUUCCACCGCGAAAAGGACCACAGCAGCGAGUCUCGAGUCCCCGACAUACCACCCGUCCCUCCCCUGGUAGCCUUCCCGCCCGAAUCGAUCACUGACGUGUCCACUGGCGCCCAGCCGUCUAAUAUCUCAACCGACGACGACAAGGACGACUCGACAAAUGCCACCAGCGUCUCCGUCACCACGGAUAGAACCGCUCUGACUCCCGUCUCCCCAGAGGCUGCGUCUCCCAUUUCGCCGCCGCCGCCGCCGGGAAAGCACAAGCACCCGCUGCUCAAGCAGGCGUCGACCAAACGGAGCCGGUUUAAUCUGCGGUCGAAGUCGUUUACUGUAUUCUAA